AUGGGAGAGCUCGCCGACUUCCUCGUCGAACGAGACCAGAACUUCCGCAAAGCCCGUCUGCCAGCCCUCUACUCCGACUUCCGCCCCCAACGAACCUUGAACCCAGACGGCUUCCAAGCCAACGUCAGCGCCUGGCGCCAGGCCCUCGCCCGCGCAGCAUGGGAAGGCAGGAUAGCAUCGCAGGUUUCGGCGCCGAACCUACUCGUCGUAAACGUUGACGAGCAGCUCGUGCGGUCCCUCGAGAGCAAGCAGUUUGGCCGGCCAUUGGCGCUGGGCACCGUUGUCAGGGAAGCCGUGGCCGAGAAGGAUCUGUACCCGCUCAACGACUUUAUCAAGGCCAAGGAGAGCAUCUACGCGGGCAAGACGUGGGCACAGGUGCCGUGGAGCGUGGUGUCGUGGGCGGCGGGCCAGUUGGGCUUCGGUGGCGGCAGGUCAACGGCAGGGGAGGAUAAGAUUCCGCAGGGCAGGUUCGUGGUGCUGAAGAACGUGGAGACGACGGCCAAGAGCCUUGCCGAGAAGGUCACCUCUGCGGAUUCGAGAUUUGACAGGACGUACACAAAGUCACAUUUCCAAAAGACGUUUGCCGAUACCCUGGUACAAAAUAGGAGGUUAUCGGAGACGGACGUCGACAUCCUGCUCGUCUUCCUCUCGCGGGAUAAGGGGAUCGUGGUGUACGACGGGCAGGUCGUCAAGAUCAAGGGCUCUGGCACGGACGAAGGCGAGGCCAACAUUACGGAAGAAGACGCCGCCGUUUCGUCGCUCAAGGAGCUCAUCGCCGACAUGAAGCAGCAGACGGAACUGCUCACCGCCCGCGUCGACGAGCUCACAGCAACGGCAAAAGAGGCCGUGGUGAAGAAGAACAAGGUCGCCGCGCUGGCGGCGCUCAAGUCGAAGAAGAUGACUGAAGCGUCACUGGAGAAGCGGUUCGCGACGCUGAACCAGCUCGAGGACGUGGCAGCGCGCAUCCAGGAGGCCAGGGACAACGUACAGCUCGUCAGCGUCAUGGAGGCGAGCGCGGGGGCGCUCAAGGGGCUCAACGAGAAGGUUGGAGGUGCGGACCGGGUCGGAGACGUUGUGGACAGGCUGCGGGAGCAGAUGGGCGAGGUGGACGAGGUGGGCAAGAUCAUCUCCGAGGCCGGCGCCGCGCCUGUCGUGGAUGAGUUCGAGGUCGACGAGGAGCUGGAGGCCAUGGAGCGCGAGGAGAGGGAGAAGGAGGAGGCGGCGGAGCGCGCGGAGAAGGAGGCGCGGGAGGAGAAGGAGGCCGAGAAGACAAGGAGGCGGCUCGAGGAGGAGAUGGCGGGUCUGAGGCCGCCUGUCGCGGAGCCCACUGCGGAAAAGGAGGGCGCCUCGUCCAGGGAGGGAGCGAAGACGCCGACGGGGGAGACGGCCGACGGCUUGGAGAGGAUGGAGCUCGAGGAGCAGCCGCAGCCGAUGCCGGCGCAGUGA